AUGUCUCCAGUGGGAGCUGCCCUCUGGCGUUCCCUUCGCGCCCAUCAGGUUUACGGCGCCAACACGGAUGUGGGCAAAACAAUUGUCUCGACCGUUCUCUGUAACGCGGUCCAGCGCCAAAAGUCCCAGGAUCAGGCGGCCUUUCUCAAACCCGUCUCGACGGGGCCAUUGGAUGACGCAGAUGACCGACAUAUCCAACGCCAUGCUGCGGGUACGUUGACUAAAUGUCUCUACCAAUUCGACGAGCCCGUCAGUCCGCAUAUCGCGGCUCAGCAGAAGAAAUUUACUGUCCCUCGCGAUGAUGAUAUCUUGGCUUCUGUCCACAAAACCCUCUCUGACUGGGCGGGCAGCGGUGUCAAUUUUGCCCUGGUAGAAACGGCCGGUGGUGUCCAUUCCCCCGGCCCCAAUGGCAAUUCCCAAGCAGACCUCUAUCGCCCACUGCGGUUACCUAUUGUCUUAGUCGCAGAUUCCCGAUUGGGUGGUAUCUCUUCGUCUAUCUCGGCCUACGAGUCACUUUUGCUUCGAGGCUACGAUAUCCACUCGGUGUUACUGUUUCGCGAUGAGUACUACAAGAACCAUGAAUACUUACUGAACUAUUUCCAGAAAAAGUCUAUUCCGCUAGUUCCAUUGCCGUCGCCUCCUCCGAAGCCGUCAGUGCAAGAUGUAGAUUCCUUGGCGCGGGACGAGGAAGCCAUGACAACCUACUAUGGUCGUGUUGCACAGGAAACGGAUGUGGCGAGCUUAUUGGAACAGCUAUCUGCUAAGAACGCGGAACGGAUCGACCGGCUGGAAUCGAUGGCUAGCCGGGCACAUGACACCAUCUGGUAUCCAUUCACGCAGCAUCAUGCAUGGAGGCCAAGGAUAUCACACCGAUUGACUCUGCCUAUGAUGACUACUUUCAAACGCUUGGGUCAUGGCAACCCCAGUUUAGCUUUGUCGGCUGCAUAUGCCGCCGGACGGUACGGACAUGUAAUGUUUCCAGGAAAUAUACAUGAGCCCGCUUUGUCGCUGGCAGAACUCUUGCUCGAGAGUAUUGGCAACCCGCGCCUCCGGAAGGUGUUCUACACCGAUAAUGGAAGCACUGGCAUGGAGGUCGCUGUGAAGAUGGGUCUCCGGGCGGCAUGCGACCGUUACGGAUGGGAUGCCAGCCAGGAGCAGAUCAGUAUCCUCGGUCUCAAGGGAAGCUAUCAUGGCGACACGAUCGGCGUCAUGGACUGCUCAGAGCCUUCCACUUACAACAAGAAAGUUGAAUGGUAUCGCGGCCGAGGAUACUGGUUCGAUUUCCCGCAGGUGAAAAUGUCCCAAGGAAUGUGGAAGGUCGAGAUUCCCGAGAACCUCCGGGAAUCACUGGGCUCAGGCUUCGAGUUCUCGUCCCUGGAUGACAUCUUUGAUAUGGAGGAACGGCUGCAAUCGGCUGCGGGAAAGCGCUACACAGAAUAUAUUCGCAAUACUAUUCAGGAUCUGGUUCAGCAGGAAGGGAUGAAGUUUGGUUCUCUUAUCAUGGAGCCCAUUAUUCUAGGCGCUGGCGGCAUGCUGUUUUGUGACCCUCUCUUCCAACGGUGUCUCGUCGAGGUUGUCCGCGGCUAUCCUGAGCUGUUUGGCGCAAGCGGGGCUAAAUCUACCAAGGAUCACCCCGUGGCCACCUCCUGGUCUGGUCUCCCGGUUAUCUUCGACGAGGUGUUCACGGGCCUUUACCGUCUUGGCCGUAAAUCCUCGGCCUCAUUCCUCCAGGUCGACUCCGACAUCGCGGUGAACGCGAAACUUCUGACGGGUGGUCUUCUUCCUCUAUGUACUACGAUGGCCAGUGAUGAAAUCUUCCAGGCAUUUUCGAGUCCGGAAAAGAGCGACGCUUUACUCCAUGGACACAGCUACACGGCACAUGCUGUGGGCUGCCAGGUGGCAGUGGAUUCGCUGCAGACCAUGAUGCGGAUGGAAAACAGUGGGUCCUGGGAUGGGUACCGCCAGGACUGGACAACCUUGUCCGAUACCCCAGUGACCCUGGGCGCUCGGGACAGCUCUAAUAUCUGGAGUGUCUGGUCUCAUGGCCUCGUCAGUGAUCUAUCCCAUGCGCCAUCGGUGGAUGGCGUGUUCGCCAUUGGAACGGUGCUCAGCAUCUCACUCAAAGACGUGCAGGGAGGAGGCUACACCUCGACAGCCGCCAGAGGUUUACAGCAGCGGUUAUCGACGAGUGACGGAAAGUUUAAUGUGCACUCGCGUGUUCUCGGAAACGUUCUGUACCUCAUGUCCAGUGUGACUUCUCAACCGCAGGCGCUACGCUCCAUUGAGGGGGUGCUGCGAGAGGCCCUCCUGUAG